CCUGCAAGUUUAGCACAGGACAGCGUGCCAGGCGAAUGGCAAACGUUCACGUGUGAAAUCAUCAAUUCCACGCCCGCACACACAAAGACCCAUCACGGGGAGACACCACAUCCUCCUCGUCUGCCCUCAGAGCGAUGCCACAGGAUCCGAACCUCUACGGCCAGCCGCCGCCAAAACGGCAGCGGAAGGCGAUGGACCUGUCGAGCUCGCUGUCCUUUUCCGCCCAGCUCGGCUCGCUCCUUUCGAAGCCGCCCACGGCGUCGUCCUCCUCAUCCACACCCGCGCCCGCCACCGCCACCAAGGGCCGGACACGCCCCUCCAAGACCGACGACAUAUUCGCCGGCGUCAAGGCUAAGCGCAAGGAUGGCGCUAAGCGCGACUUUGACGCGCCAGACGGCCGCCGCGGGGGCGGCAACAAGCUCCGCCUGCGCUCGCCGACGGGCACCUUCGAGUCGGAGCGCGAGCGCGAGGCCGCCCGUCUGAACAUGGAGGAGAAGGCCCGCCGGUACGCCGCCAUGAAGCGCGGCGACUACGUCCCCGACGCCCGCGCCGGCCCGGGCACCGGCGACCGCGACCCGCUCGUCGACUUUGACCGCAAGUGGGCCGAGAAGCACCUCGACAAACCCCUAGGCGGCGGCGGUGGCUCAUCCUCCGCAGAUUCUUCGGACGACGACGACGGCGGCGGCAACGCGGACGGCAACGACACCGAGGUCAUAACCUACACGGACGAAGGGGAUGGAGGCGCUGGCGCGCAAGCGCGACCGCUCCGCCACGCCGCCGCCCGAGACGCACUACGACGCCGCGCGCGAGAUCCGCACCCGCGGCACGGGCUUCUACGCCUUCACGGCCGGCGACGAGGCCAGGCGGAAAGAGGAGAUAGAGGCGCUGGAGGCGGCGCGCGCAGAGACGGAGAGGGUCCGGCGCGAGCGCAAGGAGCGAGCCCGCGGGAGGAGGGACGAAGUCGAGCGCCGGAGGAGGGAGAUCGAUGAGAGGAGAAAGGACGUGGCCGAGCGCAGGGCGAAGAAGCUCGCCGACAGCUUCCUCGACGGGCUCGGCGCCGACCUGGGUGGUGGGCCCGUGGAGGCAGGGGCGGGGGCAGUUGCUGUUGAUACGCCCUCGACUGGGCUCGAUACCGCUAACGCCGCCGCCCUAGACGAAGAUUUGUCGCCACGGGCUAGGACUGAGGGCGAAGCCCCCAGUCGUGAUCUUGCAGGGCAGCAGCAGGCGGAAGAAGCCCCGAGGUAGACGAAUACCUACAAACACCUACAAACACCUCAAAAAGGACACACUUCUCUAUGACCUAUGCCCCAGCCCUGUGGGACUGCAUUCAACAUCACGCCAUCCUCCGCUGUCUAGACUCCUCGUUGCGGGUUGCGAAGAAAGCUGGACAACUCAGGGGGCCAGUGAUUUGGUUGUAUACGUCACCACGACAACACCUACAGACCACCCAGCGUCAUCUAAACAUGUCUCAUCCCCUACGCGCAUGCCGACUACCUGCAGUCGCGAUCCGUUUCCACCGAAAAAAAAGGCGGGGGCACCGUCGAGCCCGAGGCAUAUGCAGCCUUUCCGUCCAAGCAUCAGUUCCUUCUUCUUAUCAGGUCUGAGACACUGGUGCAGCCAGGUAUCUGAGUCCAAGUGAGGAACCUUAACUCCCGUACCCUCGCUCGGCUGAUGGCGGAUAUAUCGGCUCGUCCGGAUGGUGGACUGCAUCUCCGUGGGGUUAAAAAAAACUGCUCCCCACCGCCUGCCUGAGUCCGACAUAUUCUCAGGUAGCUCGUCGUCAUAGGGGUCUCGGCAUUCGCUGUUGCGAUCGAUCGGUCGGGUUCAACGCAUGUACGUGCUUUGGCUACGAUAGCUGCACAUUCCUGGGCCGUGCUACAGUGGAGGGGGUCGGGGUCUUUCCCGGCUAUCGACCAGGCCUACCGUCUCUGGUCCCCUUGAUCUGGGGCUGUUUUGAGCAUGUCGGAGGUCAACGAUAGCACUUCGAGAAGUUGGUAAAAAAAAAAAAAAAGAAGAUAGGGGUUUAAAUCAUAUAUAGCGCCCCCAAGAGUAUCUGACAGCACAGCUAUGAUGGGCCGAUAACGAUAUUGUGGAAUAGGGGUAAUUUCGUGGCAAGGGCACACAGUUGAGCAAAAGAAAACUGCCGCAGCCAUCGGCAUCAAAACUCCAAACAAAACCCGUAGGACGGCGAAGCUUAAUACCGUCAAGAGGGUGUGGAACUGGACAGAAGACCGAAGAAAACAAAAAAAAAAUGAGAAAGGAGUGAACAAGAGCUAGAAGCAGGCCAAUGACGUUGCAUUCUCAUUUUCGCGUGAGAAGCAGGCACCGAGAAACAAAUACACAAAAAAGGCGACAAACGACGCCGCAAGAGAAAUAGGUUUUGUGCCGCUCGAAAGAGAAGUAGGAUGAAGAGGGGAAAGAAGUAAGCAGUUGGUGAAAUGAUCCGCUAUACUGUUGGAUGCAAUAACGUCAGUCUCGAUCCAGCUUUCCAUGUUUUUAGUUUUUCCAAAUUGUUGAUAGUAAAGUCGACAGGGAGCCCAGCUCAAAACGCCUCUGAAGGAAGAGUGAACUCCGAUAAAAAAGAAGCCAGGGAGGUAAAUGAGAAAAGAAUCAUGCCGAUCGAAAAAAAGAGAGGGAUAGGUGGCCGAUACGCAAUCAUGUUGCAAACCACACACAACUGCAAUCGCUU